GAACCAACUUGUGUAUAGGACAAACCAACUCAGUUUUCAGAUGAAAUCUCAAGUCGAACAUCCUAUUCAAACAAAACGACCGGUUCAACGUUCCAAAAAUCCUCAAAGCGUUGUAACUGUCGAGCAGCUCACGGCGACCUAUCUAUGUGAAGGCGAACGUCUUCCCACCCCAGAAAUCGCUGAGACUUUAGACGCCGUACUGUCAUGGAUUUGUUCUACAGAACCUUCUGAUCAAUUGUUAAAUCGUAUUUGCUGCUAUGGGCUUACAAUAAUGAAAGGACCAAACCGUUCUAUUAAAACUAUUAUCCCGCAUCCUACCAGAAGAUAUCAUCACGCCUUUCAAAACGGUAACAGGUGGGUUAAUAUCAUUGACUGGAUCUCGAAAGAUCUGGAAUGCAAACUCACUGGCAUCAUUGCGGUUCUUAGCAAGAGGAGACUCUGGGAACGAGCGAGGCAAGAUACUUGGCAGGAAGCUCUUACCAUGUUGUCGAAGAGAACAGAUAUGGUAGAGUGCGCAAGAAAAGCAACUCCUAGCGUCAACGAUAUUCUGCAAACUAUCAGAAAUACAAUACCUUUUUGUCAGACUGUGGCAAUAUCGAAUCCGAGUUACGCCUGGAAUGUUCCCACGAUUCAGGCAUACUCCUCACCCACAACGAGGAAUUACCAUACAGAGUCAGCUACUUCUCAGUGGAAAGUCGCGUCUACGGCUGCAGCACACAAUGUUCUAAAUCAACCAGACGCAGAUACCAGUCUUUUAUUGGUACUUCUGUGUUUCUUAAAUGAUUCUAUUCUUCCUUUGGAUUUACUUUCGCGGGGAACGACACGUCGCAAACGCUGGAACGACAGUGGCGGUAUUGAAGAUGUGGAUGUCCUUCAUUUUGGUCUGUCAUCUAAACUAGCUAGCAUUUGUUCAACUCCUACGAGACUGGAUGAAACUCUAGACAAACUCCAAUCAUUAUUGGCCAUUUCAAAGAUUACUGACUACACCUUCGAGUUGGAUAAGUCGCUUCCAGCCGCAGUCAUUGGCCUGAUUCCUAAUGAGUUUCAUCCAUUUUGGAGGCUACAAGCAUUGAUAAUUGCGUGUCGCUCGAUUCCGUGGAAAUAUCUGGAGCAUCCUUCAUCCAAUAUGGAGUUAUUUCUCCCUCACAUUCGACACACCCUGCAAGAGGGUCGGAAACAUGAUAUUUUCAAGGAUAUGUCGCCAGAAAUCAAAGCGGAUAUAAUUCUCAGUAUUAUAGAAGCCUCCAGGUUCCCCGGAAUGGAGUGGAAACAAUUCGCAAUCCGUCAAUCGAAAGAAAUCCUGAGCGACCUGCGAGACGUUAAUGUCCAAUCUUAUGUCCGAUCUUAUAUUGCGCAAAGAGAGUCUGUACUCCGUCGAUUAACAGGCUCUACUGGUCAAUCAUUCCCACCCCCUAAGAGUAGUCAGUACGAGACUGCUCCAGGACUUUUUACGAGAAAAUCACAUUCCGGCUCUGGACAUGGCGCCAUUCAAUGGGCAUUGGAUUGCAUUCAGAGGGAGAUGCUCGAAAAGGCAGCAGAAGUUUUGGCUAAUUGGGAGCCGAUUCAUCCACCGUCAUUAAUGGAAACCGUUGUGCUCUUUCGGAAACACAUCAUAAUGGGCAACAUUGAACGGCAUCGAGGCAACUUUAAGAAGUCAUUGGAGCAUCUCAUGAUAUCUAUGGAGAUAGCCAAUGGUUACACAAACAUCGCCUUCCAUGAAGAUUCCAGCGAUCUGGUCUGCAGUCUUGCGGACACAUAUCUUGAACUGGAAGACCCGGUCGCCGCCGAAAGUUGCCUUCGCGAAGAGAUUGCGCAACAAAGCACAGGGUCUGCUACUCUACUGAAAUUAGCCCUAGCGGAAUCCCUCUUUGCGCAAUACCGUCGGUCCGAGGCAGAAGGUAUCUGUAUUGAAAUUGAACAUCUCCCAAAGCUGUUGAAGAUGGAGAAACUACGCUUAUCCAUUAUUCUAGCAAAGCUGGCACAUACCAGUGCUAAGUACGACGAAGCUUUGCGCCAUUGGACUGAUGCCAUGACUGCUAUCAGCCGGUAUAACUUGGCUAACGGUCGUGCAACACGCAUAAUCCUCCUCUCCAUGUAUGAUGUCUUACAGAAGGCAAGGGACUUGGAUACUAAGAUAAGGUCCGAAAGUCAACUGAAAACUCAAGAGCAAUUGGAAGCCAUGAAAACCCUUGCCGGACCGACCGGAGUCUUCUAUUGGAUCGGUGGUUUACGUCAUUGGCUAGAAUUCUUAGAAUUUACUCUAGAAACUCAGAUGGAUACCCCAGGCCGCAAAGCGGUCAGCUUGCCCUUUUUGUAUCAGGCAGGCUACCGAUUAAGUCCAGCCGAACCAGAUCUCUGCCCACUGUCUGAGUUCUGAGAUAAUUUGGAAUCGAUCAAUGGGAAUUGUUAAGUACACCACAGAUUUUCACUAACCACACCACAAUUGAUUAUGUGGUGCUAGUUUUUAUGCAACUAAUCUCACUACGACUGCGCGCUCCCCCGGUUGAAUUGAUAGUUUGGUCAAUUUUUGUAUGAUUAAGAUGUUUCAACUUGGCAUGCAAAAUUCUCAGUAGACACCCAGAUACUUCGAAUCCAUGAGAUUGGUAUCGUCACAGUCACACAAGAUCAUGUAAUAUUCAAUACGG